CGUACGAUGUGCGACCGCCUGUGUGUGCGAGUGAGUGCGGAAGUUGAGUGUGAGCGGCAGCGGCGGGGCCCGGGGACGGGGCAGGUACUAAAGCCACCCAGGUGCGUGGAAAGGAAUGUCCGGAACAGCCAUGUCUUUUGAUGAGAUCUACAUUGAUUCCAAAGAGCUGAUUGAGAAGCGGCUCUUGGGUGGUGGGGGAUAUGGUAUGGUCUCGCUGUGCCACAGGAAAGAUCACGGGCUCGUGGUUUUAAAGACAGUCUACACAGGCCCGCAGCGCAUGGAGUUCAGCGGAUCCCUGCUCGAUGAAGGGAAAAUGAUGCAUAAGUUGAAUCACGAGCGGGUUAUAAAGUUGAUUGGAAUAAUUUUAGAAGAUGGGAAUUACUCGCUGGUCAUGGAGUUCAUGGUGAAUGGGAAUCUGCUGCAGCUUCUAAAGAGUGUAACCAUUCCGUUAUCAGUCAAAGGAAGAAUAAUUCUGGAAAUCAUCGAAGCGAUGACUUAUUUACACAACAUGCGUAUUGAUUUCACAAGGACCUGA